AUGAAUGCUACGUCAACUGAUUUGACUGACAAGAAUGACACAUUUUUGAAUAAUAUAACCGUUACAAAGCGCGUGUUAUCAAACGCAUCACCGACACGUAGAUUUUCCUCCAUCUUAAUUUUCAGUUUCCACAGUUUCAACAUUCUGCAAUCUCUUUCGCUCUCUCUCUCUCUCUCUUUUUUUUUUUUUUUUUAUUCUCUCGGGAUCGAUCGAACCCUUCGAGGAUUUGCAAAAUCUGAAGAUUCGAAGAGCUUUCGGAUUAGUGAUCUUGGUUUAGGGUUUCGUUUUGAAGUGAAGCGAUCAUUAUUCACGACUCAGUACAUUCCAUUAUUUGUGCCUAAUUUAGAAACAAUCAUGGAACCAAUGGGAUCAAGUAUUAGAGAAAGAGAUGAACGUGAUGAAAUAUGCAUACUACUUGAUGAUAAUAUCGCUUGCUGUGUUCUUACGUCUUGGCUGUCUACUGCUAGUAACUGUCGAGGUAUGUGCUUCGGAGGUGUUUAAAUUGUCAGACUAAUCAUGAUCUGUUUUGUAGAAGAAAAGACCGGUCACUAUAAUUUUUGUAUGUCAGUCGUCUCUGUUUUGAUCUUUCUAGUUCCAAGUCUGCUUUUGGUGUUGGCUUACUCAGUUAUGUCGAUAUUGUAGGAACUCCUGAGUGAAUUUCUUCUCCCAAUCAUUAUAACGGUCUUG